AUGCUUAUUCAGCAGACAAUCCUUGCACGGAGGGCUGCUGUUCAAGCACAUCAAAUGUUUGCAGCUAUGGUCCGAACUAUUGUGGCAGCAGCUAUAUUGAAGAGGCUAGUUACAAUAGCACCUAUUCACAUUUAUCUAAGAUCCGAUUAUGCUUCCGCUAAGAAAUACCUAUUGGACGUUUGUUGUAGCGAGUACGGAUACUGUGGCACCUCAAGCAGCUUCUGUGGUAAUACGACAUGGAGUUCACCCGAGUACUCAGGAACCUCGGCCUCUACCCGCCGAAUUGGAUACUACGAAGGAUGGAACCUUAAUCACGCUUGCGAUAGUGAGCUUGAGCCUUCUUAG